AUGACAUAUAUGCCAGCUCAUAACACAUUCACAUCCCAUAGCCCAUAAAUCCCAUAUACAAUACCAAAAUUAACUUUUCACACACAAAAAACACACAGAGUCCUUUUUCACUCAAUAUAUAACAUCCAUCUCCCUUUAAUGCAUUUUUUGACCACUUGGGGAAAAGUGAAGUGAGAACAGCAGCUACAGCAGCAGCAAACAGUGUAGCAGAGAGGAAAAAAAAAACAGAGUGAAAAGGACCAUUAAAAACAGUUGGAGGAGGAAGAAGAAGAAGGGGCUUUGGGGUUGUGAUUUAUGUCGGCAAAUUUCUGUUUGGCUGUGAUUGGAGCUCCAUUGAAGCUCUGUGUAUCAGUUUCUUCAGUGAUAUUUGGUCUUUGCAUGCAACAAAUCCUCUGCUGUGACCAUCAGCAGCAGGGUAUUUCUCUGUUUUUCACAACUGUUUCGAUGCGUUUGAGGCCCAAAAGGACUUGUUCUGGUGUUGUUUGCUUUGGUGGAUUUCAUAUAAACCGAUUUAUACAUCCUAUUUUGCUCUUGAGACGGCCUAUUACUUGAUACCUUAGGCAAUUUUUUUGCUGAUUUUUGCAAUUUUUUUGCUUUUUUCCUUUUGAAACAAACCAACUUCCUGGGCAUAUUUUGAGGGGUUUUGAAGAUUUGAAGAAAUCAAGAAAAUGUUCGAGUCUCAGAGACAAUCUCAGAAAUCGAAGAACAGGGAAGAGUCAGCCCGACCCAUGAGGAAAAUCCGGAUCGUUUGUUACGACCCGGAAGCUACUGAUUCAUCUGAUGAUGAAGGGGUUGAUGUAUCGGAACCCAAACGAUUUGUUAGGGAGAUAAAUAUUCCUAUUGUUAGCUCUUUUACCCCAAAAAAGGUACCUGAAACUGAAAGUUCUUGUCAAGAUAGCAACAAUGGUGAUAAGAACAUCAAGAAUAGAGGGGUUUUAGCUAAAACCCCUAAAACCCCAAGUGGCCCGAGACCUUCGUCGUCGAAAUACAGAGGUGUUCGACAACGUAAAUGGGGUAAAUGGGCUGCUGAAAUUCGUGAUCCUUUUAAAUCUAGAAGGGUCUGGCUUGGUACUUAUAGUACUGCUGAAGAAGCUUCUCACGCUUAUGAAAUGAAAAGGCUUGAAUUUGAAGCAAUGGCUAAGAAUAAUUGUAAUACUGAUGUGUCUGAGAAGAGCUCGAAUAACGAAAGCCAUAACAAGAAUCGUCGAAAGGGUAAUGUUGGUUGCGUCUCGUCGGAGGAUGAUUCUGCUGAGAGUUUGGUGUCACAUACUUCACACACCUCUCCAGCAUCAGUUUUUGAAAUGGAUUCAUUGACUUCUGGUUCUGCUGCAGUCUCUGAGGUUUAUAACAACGACAAACUUGUCGUCGAGCAGCAAGUUGAUGAUGAUAAGCUGGGAUUGAUGGAGGAUACUUUAUCUUUGGCUGAAAUUGGUGCUGGAAUGGAUUUUGAUAUGGAGAUGGACUUGUUCUUUGCUGGUAAUGAUGAUUUUGGCCAGAAUCUUGAUGACUUUGCUGUUAAUGAUUUCGAGGAUCUUCCGAUGUGUGGACUUGAUGAUCAGUUGCCUACUGGAUUACCUGAUUUCGAUUUCGACUUUGAUUUCGAUGGAUACAAUGAAUCUUGUGCUUGGAUGGAUGAAGCAGCAGCAGCUCCAUUGAUGAAUGGAACAACAACAACACCCCUCAAUAUAGCAUUAUGCCCAUAAGUUUUGCAGCUAUAGGACUUAAUUAGUACUCUAUUAGUUUAUUUAUUAGUAAUCCAUAGAGAGUUUUAAUGUCUCAAGAAUCAUUAACUUAGCUUCUUGAGACCGUGGUCUUUCGCUUUUAAAGUUAUCUUUACAUUUUGUUUUAAGAGAGAUUUGAGACUGAGUUUUGAGGAAUGUGUUUUUGUUCUUAGAAGAAAAUUGAGACAAUAGUCCCUUUGGGUUUUUCCUGUGCUGCUAGAGCCGUCCAAAGACCUAUUGAAUCUCAGUUUUUGGUUUAGUCUCAAGACUGUUUACUCCUUUGUGUUGGCAUCAUUUCUUUGAGCUAUGAUGUUAGUGAUGAGCUAUUAUAUGAACUUA